UAUACGUAUGUACUACGGCUGCGCGUCUAUCCCAAGAAGCUUCGCGGCAACUUCGCGGGGUUACAAAUCUUCAUUCCAUAUCGAGUUGGCUCGACGACUUCAGACUGAGCGACCAUCCAUGCACGCCAGUCGCCUCGCUCGUUCGCUCGCCCCUCUGCUCGCGUCGUCAUGUAGACGCACCGUGCAGCAUCGUUUCGUGCGUGUCCCUAGACGAUAUGCUUCAGUGGCAACUCCAGGGCCAGCAGUCACCGCGACAAACCGUGCUGAAGCGACGUUGAAGCGGUUCUGGAAAACAGUGGGCAUCGAAGAGCGCGAAGAUGCAUUCGCCGUCACGCUGGACAAGCGACCUUUGCGGACACCGGGCGGGAAACAUAUGCUGCUGCCGAAGAACAAGAGACUCGCCGCCACUUUAAUUGCCUCGGAGUGGGAGAACCAGGAGACACUGCUCAAGCCACAUUCAUUGCCGAUGACGUCCAUUGCCUCCAGGGCUAUUGACGCUUUCUCCGAGGAGCAGACUCGGGCAGAAGUACGUGGACAGCUGCUCAAGUAUUUCGAGACGGACACAAUAUGCUUCCACCAAACUCAGCCAGCUGCCAUUUUGAAGCUACAGUCAGCUCACUGGUGGCCAAUAAUCAAUUGGGCGCAGUCCACCUUUGAAAUCGGCAUCAGCACGACAGACUCGCUCCUGCUUCCCCCACAUCCGCAAGAGACCUACGAAAAACUUGACAAGCUGAUGUCAGGGUUUGACGCGUGGGAGAUGGCUGCUAUGGAACGGAUCACUUACACAUCCAAGUCGUUCCUGAUUGCCCUUGCUCUCAUCAAGAGGCAAGUUACGGCAGAGGAAGCAGCACUCGCGGCUCACGUUGAGGUCAAUAGCCAGAUCGAGCUUUGGGGUGAGGUAGAAGAUUGUGAGUGGUUCCGUCUUUCCUGAGAUCUUCGGCUAGGCUGACUCCCCGAGUAGCUCAUGAUGUGGACUACCACGAC